AUGGUGGAUGUUGAGUUUAAGAGAAAAUUGAAUGAAAUUCGCGAAAAGGUUGAGGACUGCUUUGAUUUCGAAGGCUGCAAAAUUGGGCGUGGGACUUAUGGUAGUGUGUACAAAGCCAAACGGAAAGGAAGCUGUGACGACCGUGAGUAUGCUCUGAAGCAAAUCGAGGGCACCGGUCUGACCAUGUCCUCCUGUCGCGAAAUCGCACUUCUUCGUGAGUUGAAACAUCCAAAUGUAAUUGUUCUCCAACGGGUCUUUCUCAAUCACGUGGCUCGACGAGUUUGGCUACUGUUCGACUAUGCUGAACAUGAUCUAUGGCAUAUUAUCAAAUUUCAUCGAACAGCCAAAGCAAACAAAACUACAAAACCGGCCAAUAUUUUAGUCAUGGGUGAAGGCCCCGAACGUGGUCGUGUGAAAAUUGCCGAUCUGGGUUUUGCUCGUCUGUUCUAUCAACCCCUGAAACCGCUGGCCGAUCUCGAUCCAGUCGUAGUGACAUUUUGGUAUCGUGCACCAGAACUGCUACUCGGAGCCAGACACUAUACAAAGGCCAUCGAUAUUUGGGCUAUCGGUUGCAUAUUUGCCGAACUACUCACUUACGAGCCAAUUUUCCACUGUCGUCAAGAGGAUAUCAAAACUAGCACACCGUAUCACAAGGAACAGUUGGAACGUAUAUUCCGUGUUAUGGGUUAUCCACCAGACGACGCGUGGAUCGAUAUGAAGCGGAUGCCUGAAUAUCCUCAAUUGAUGCGUGAUUCCAUCAAUAAGAAAACAUACGGUAAAUUUUCUCUGGAAGCCUAUCUGGAUGAGAAGAAAUUCAAGGUGGAUGAGCGAGAAUUGGCGUUGCUCCGCCGUCUUUUAACCAUGGAUCCGGUUCGACGUUUGUCUGCUGCCGAGGCUAUGGAAGAUCAGUAUUUCAAAGAGGGCGAAAAACCAAACGAUGAGUCAGUUUUGUUGCCGUUUGAUUUGAUUCACAGUUUCUACUUAUUUCGUUUUGUAUUCCGUCGAUUUUCGUGCAUCCGCUCUUCACGCCGGGCACUGAACGACCCUAUCAGGGGAACUCCCGUUACUAAAGAGGACAUCAAACAUGCCUUGGCAAAUGAUCCCAAUGUUCAAUCCGCUAAGUCAUGGACUAUAUAUGGAUGGCCGCCUACGGUGCCUCUCGAUGAGCUGAAACAGUUGCAUAUGCCACGUGCAUCCCUAUCUGUGGUUGAUUCAUGCCUCAUGUUCGCUAAUCGUGUUGCCAUUCCAUCGUCAUUACGUUCACGAGCACUCCGUCAAGUUCACGCGACUCAACCAGGCAUGAGCAGGAUGAAGGCAAUCGCACGAAGCUAUGUGUACUGGCCCUUCAUGGAUAGAGACAUAGAAACCAUUGUUCGGAAAUGUUCUCAGUGCAAACGGGAGGCCGAAUUUCAACCAAAGGAGCAACCAAUUGCGUGGCCAGUACCUACAGGUAGACGGGAGCGACUACACAUUAACUAUGCGGGGCCAGUAAACGAUAUUUAA